GCCUCAGUCACCGUCAGACAACGGGAGUCACCGGCGCAGAGUACACACUCAUUGUUUCACUGCCGAAGAACAGCUCGCUAAAAACGCCGCUUUCAGGAGAGUCUUUAUCGGAGCGACGAUGUGGGACCGAGUGGCUUCACUGCUGCUGCUUGUUGCGGCUUCGACUUUAGCUGCCGAGGUGCCUACAGAUGUUUCCAUGGGUCUGCUGGCCGAGCCGCAGGUGGCCAUGUUCUGUGGCAAACUCAACAUGCACAUCAACGUGCAGAGCGGCAAGUGGGAGCCCGACCCUUCAGGCACCAAGAGCUGCAUCGGCACCAAGGAGGGCAUCCUGCAGUACUGUCAGGAGGUUUACCCAGAGCUCCAGAUCACCAACGUAGUGGAGGCCAACCAGCCGGUCAACAUCCAGAACUGGUGCAAGAAGGGACGCAAGCACUGUCGCAGUCACAUGCACAUCGUCGUGCCCUACCGCUGCCUGGUGGGGGAGUUUGUGAGCGAUGCCCUGCUCGUUCCAGACAAGUGCAAGUUCCUGCACCAGGAGCGUAUGGACCAGUGUGAGAGUCACCUGCACUGGCACACUGUCGCCAAGGAGUCCUGUGGAGACCGCACCAUGAAUCUCCAUGACUACGGGAUGCUGCUGCCGUGCGGCAUCGACCGCUUCAGAGGAGUGGAGUUCGUGUGCUGCCCGGCCGAGGCGGAGCGUGAGGCCGACAGCACCGAGCAGGACGCCGACGAUUCCGAUGUGUGGUGGGGCGGCGCGGAGACGGACUACUCUGACAACAGUAUGGUGCGAGAUCCGGAGCCAGUGGAGAAGCAGGAGGAAGCGAGGCCAUCUGUGAUCACAGAGGACGAGGAAGGCGGCGACGACGACCAGGAGGAGGAGGAGGAGGAGGAGGAGAAGGAGGAGGAUGCGGCAGCAGCAGUGGCCAAUGAAGAUGACGAGGAGGACGAGGAGGAAGAUGAGGAGGAAUUACUGGACAAUGACCGGGACGGAGACGGAGAGGAGGAUGAGGAAGUGGUGGAGGAAGAGGAGGAGGAGGAGGAGGUAGUAGAGGAGGAGGAGGACGGAGACGACGACAUUAUAGACACGCUCGACGACAUCGAGGAUGAGCCCACCGCCAACGUUGCCAUGACGACAACCACCACCACCACCACUGAGUCUGUGGAAGAGGUUGUCAGAGAUGUGUGCUGGGCCAGUGCAGAGACCGGUCCAUGCCGGGCCAUGCUGCCCCGCUGGUACUUUGACCGAGAGGAGGGCCGCUGUGCUCAGUUUAUCUACGGCGGCUGCGGCGGCAACAGGAAUAACUUUGACUCAGAGGAGUACUGCCUGUCUGUGUGCAGCAGCGUCAUGCCCACGGCCACGCCCAGCUCCUCCGACGCCGUGGACCACUACCUGGAGACGCCCACGGACGAGAACGAGCACGCCCACUUCCAGAAGGCCAAAGAGAGCCUGGAGGCCAAACACCGCGAGAGGAUGUCCCAGGUGAUGAGAGAGUGGGAGGAGGCAGAGAGGGAGGCCAAGAAUCUUCCACGUGCCGACAAGAAGGCUGUCAUUCAGCGUUUCCAGGAGAAGGUGGAGGCGCUGGAGCAGGAGGCGGCCAGCGAACGCCAGCAGCUGGUGGAGACCCACAUGGCCCGGGUGGAGGCUCUGCUCAACGACCGCCGCCGCCUGGCUCUGGAGAGCUACCUGACCGCCCUGCAGCAGAACCCACCCAGGCCUCGCCACGUUUUCAGCCUGCUGAAGAAGUACGUGCGUGCCGAGCAGAAGGACAGGCAGCACACACUCAAACACUUUGAACACGUCCGCAUGGUCGAUCCCAAGAAAGCUGCCCAGAUUAGACCUCAGGUGCUGACCCACCUGCGUGUCAUUGAGGAGCGCAUGAACCAGUCUCUCGGACUUCUCUACAAGGUGCCCGGCGUGGCUGACGACAUCCAGGACCAAGUCGAGCUGCUGCAGAGGGAGCAGGCAGAGAUGGCUCAGCAGCUCGCCAACCUGCAGACGGACGUGAGGGUGAGCUACGGCAACGACGCCCUGAUGCCCGACCAGGAGCUGGGCGACGGUCAGAGCGACUUCCUGCCUCAGGAGGACACGCUGGGCCUGGCCGGAGUCGGCUUCAUUCACCCUGAGAGCUUCAACCAGGCCAACACUGACAACCAGGUUGAGCCAGUGGACUCUCGCCCAAACCUUGAUCGAGGCAUUCCAACACGGCCAGUGACUGGAAUGAAAAUGGAGGCCAUUCCUAAGAUCCGGAUGGAGACGGAGGACAGACAGAGCACCGAGUAUGAAGUUCACCACCAGAAACUGGUCUUCUUCGCAGAGGAUGUGGGCUCCAACAAGGGCGCCAUCAUCGGCCUGAUGGUUGGCGGCGUCGUCAUAGCGACCGUGAUUGUCAUCACCCUGGUGAUGCUGAGGAAGAAGCAGUACACCUCCAUCCACCACGGAGUCAUCGAGGUGGACGCUGCCGUCACGCCCGAGGAGCGCCACCUGUCCAAGAUGCAGCAGAACGGCUACGAGAACCCAACCUACAAGUUCUUUGAGCAGAUGCAGAAUUGAGGAGAAUGUCACGUCGACACAUACACAUAUACACACACACACACACACACGUCACAUCACCCACGUCCCCUCCCCUCCCCCAUCCUCCCCCCCUCUGACUACUCCAAAACAGCUAAUCUGGAUUAGAUGCUAGACGAGUUACUGUAGUGGGGUGAGGUUUUGUUUGUGUGGUGCCUGGCGGGCGCGGCUCUGUUGCACCACGUUAGUUCACUUUAUUGGAGCAAAGUUGUCCUUUUAAAUGAAAGGAAGAACGGCGUCUUUUUAUAUAUAUGUUGCUCCGUCUGGGCCUGCUGAUGUAUGAAGAUGAAGGGGGGAGGAGAAAAACAAGGCCCCGCCCAGUGCGUCCACAAACAAACCCACCCGUUCACCGAGGAGAAAGAAAAAAAAAAAAAAGGCGGGAUCUCAGCGCGUGUUUGAAUCCUAAUCCGUGUCGUAAAUGAGGCUCGGUGGUUUUUUGCCUGCUUCACAACUUCUCCUCUACAGUCGACACUGGAGUGAAAACAAAGCCACGUUUCCCCGCCCGGCGUUUCCGCUGCGGCUCCGUUUGCGACACUUGUUGCGUCAGGUAACUUUUAGACGCGCUGACAUCUAGUGGAGAUGCUGCAGAUUGCAAGAAGUGGAGCGCGUCAGGGAACUACGGUGGCCUUCGUGUACCAGAAAAGAAUGUCAUCCUUUGUGUACUGCUAGUUUGUCCAUCCAGGUUGCCGUAGAAACGGGACGGCACAAGACAUUGUUUACGUUCUUUUUCGGGCUACGAUGACAUUAUGCUAUUUACGUAGCCGGCGCAAGGAUGGCGAAACCGAACUGCAGUGGAAACGCUCGGUGGAAACGCGACUUUAAGAUAAAAAUAAAACCUCCUCUCCUUCCUUCCUUCCUUCCUUACGUCCUCCAUCCUUAUUUUUUUUUGUGCAUUCUUACGACAGCUGGGCUGUGUGGAGCCGAGGAUUUUCGUUCAGACGCUAAAACACGAUAGUGAGUUGCGUUGGCGGUGACGAUGCGUUAUGACGACUGAGCUGUUUUGUUUCUUUUUAUUUCAGGAAUUUUUCUUUUAUCGUUUCCUGUUUUUUGUUUUUCUAAAAAGAGCAAAAAAAAAGAAAAAAUGGCGGGGGAAAAAAGAGAAAAACGUCGGCCUAUGUAAAGUCCUUUUUUUAAACUGCGUGUAAUGUUCCUGAAGUACUGCUCUAAGGUCUUAGCUGUUAUUAUGUAGUGCAUGAUGACGACGACAGGAUUUGGAAACAAUGAAAACAAAGAAAAAAUGUAAGAUCUUUACGCUGCUCUCUCUCUCUGUCUCUCUGUCUCUCUCUCUCUCUCUCUCUGUCUCUCUCUCUGUCUCUCUCUCACGUUUAGAUUGUCAUCUUAGCCAGAUUGUACAUUUUAGUAUCUUCUCGUGAUCACGUGACUUCAAAAAUUCAAAUGAUGAAGAAGAAAUAUAUAUAUAUAAAUAUAAAUACAUGAAUGAAUCUAGAAGAACAUGUAAAAAAAUACACAUUUAAAUGAGAUCUGUGAUUCUGGAAUUUAAGUGUGUUUUCUUUUCUUUUUUAUUGCGUUCCUGACGUGGGUCGGUGGUUUUGUUUUGUACAUUAUUCUCAUUAUUUACGCUUCUUCUCACAAACACUUAUUUAACGCUCUUUGUUGUUUUCCAUGUGAUUGUGAUUUUUUUAUAAACGAGUCGGGAAAGAAGGUCGCGGAGGUUCAAAAAGAGGGCGGUUUUAAGGUUGACGUGUGUGUGUGUGUGUGUGUGUGUGUGUGUGUGUGUGUUUUUGUCGUUGUCAGUCAGACGCCGUGUCGUUUUGUUUUUUUGUUUUUGUAGAACAGUUGAAGUCCUGGAUAAGAGAAGAGGAGGAGGAGGAGGAGAGGAGGUGACGAGACGUUCUGUGUGUUUAGAUAUACAGCACUGUGCAAAAGUCUUAAUAAAAAUAACUUUUAAUGAAGAUAGAACCAAAGGAAAAAUAUGCACUAAAAUGAAAAUUCAGAACAAAAAUAUUUAGUGUGUUUCUUUUAUAUUUUAUUAACAACUCAGCUGAUGAUUCUAUGACCAUUUAGGUCUAUAGGACUAAAUUUUGCUGUAAGACGGCCUGGAAACAUGCGUUUGUAAUCUGCUCACUCUCCCACACCAAACCCCAUAGAGAAAAUCAGCGAUUUUACAUCCCAGCACACAGGAGCUGUCGAUCCACCGCUGCCUCCGUCAGAAAGUUCUAAUGUGUUUUUCUGUCAAACUCUGUGUGUGAAACCCUCUGUUCACGUUCACCUCAGUGACACAAACUGACCACACGAGGCAGCGGUGCACCAGCAGCUCCUGUGUCCAUGUGAGCUAAAAUCCACACUUUCCUCUAUGGAGUCUGGUGUGGGGGAAAACGACCUUUUUGUUACAACCCUCUAAUAAGUAGAUUGCCAAAUAACAUUAGAAGUUAAUUGUAGCCGUGAUAAAAGCACAAAUAUGGUGAUGUAAGACUUUGGCACAGUGCUGUAUGUACUGUUCUGUAUAUAAUGGAUUUUCAGCUCACACCUGGACCGUCGACACACACACACACACACACACACACUGGAGUCUGUGUAUAAAUAAAUAAAUAUAAAUGUUCACCACCAGAGAGAGACAGAGAGAGAGCUGAGAGCUGAGAGCAGGCAACAUAGGUAAUAAAAAGAUAUUUGAUAUUUUUGGUCUUGUUGGCAGUGGAAAAAAAAAAAAAAUCCCUCCGUUCCUCUUCAUGUCACACAUCCAUCACCAUGGCAACAUCACGGAAAGAAACAACAGCUCUGGCUGUGUUUGUUUAAAGUGGCAUGUACAGUAAAGUGUGUGUGAGUGUGUGUGCAUGGAGGCUGCUGUGUGGGCUGGGUCCAUGGUUUCAGAGGUUGUUCAUUAGACGCCCACCAGAGGGCAGUAGAGUAAGCAGGGUUUUCUUUCUUUCUGUGUGUUUUCUCUUUUUCUUUUUUCAUUUUCUUCCUGUGGGUUCUACAGUAUAUUGGGUUUUUUUUGGUUUCCACUGUGUAAUAUUGUGCAGGUCAUUUGCAAUGACUGGGAAAAUGCUUUCUACACUGUAUUCCAUAAUAAAGUUUUGAAUGUACAUACCGA